UUAUACUCAAUAACUAUGUUAAAGUGCGCAUCAUAUUUGUUAUACGUGUUCUUUACUUUGGAAACACAUCGAGCUUACGAAAAAUUCGUGAUUGGAGCAGCAGUCCCCAGAACCAGUUGCCCCAAAUUCCCAUGGUACGAUCCAGUAAAACAACUCGGUGAUGUUUGUCUUGUGGAUCUGCCUCCACUCCUUAGCCAUCUUUCGAAAAAUAGGGAGCCGCAAGGCUCUGUCAACCCCAACCAAACGGAGAAGAUAUUAAACCAAAUUGAAGGUCUAUUGGCAAACACAAAUGAACAAAUUAAUUUGAUAGAGCCAAGAAUAGACAGUCAAUUAAAAACGCUGAUGGAUAAAUUGGAUCAAAAAGAGAUGGAAGCCAGCUUGCAGGAAGUAACUAAUGCCCUUAUGUGUUCUCUGGAGAACAAGAAGAAAGUCUCGACAAAUGCUCAGUUCCACUCGCAAUUCGAGAAAUUGGGUUCAAGGAACUUCUAUAUCGAAAGACACGUCAGAAAGGAUUGGUUUAGUGCGGCGAGCACAUGUCGUGAGAUGGGCGGUCACCUGGCUUCCCCCAAGGACGAGAAUGAACUGUCGUUCAUCCGUAUGAAAGUAGAUGCUAAGUGGUAUUGGCUGGACAUCAGUGAUCUGGCGACAAAGGAUGAGUACAUUUCUUUUGUCUCCGGAGAGAAAGCUUCAUUUCUGAAUUGGCAUGAAGGGGAACCCAAUAACGAUCCCAGCCUACACUGUGUUUAUCUAUAUGCCGGCCACUAUUAUAAACAUUUGUGUAAUGAAAGAAACUUUUUUGUUUGCCAAGCUGCGGAAGAGGAACAAUAAAGCAGUAGUACUAAUAAAUAUAAUGGUAUCAAAAUGUUAUAUUACAUUUUUAAAUUAUAUAUAAACACUCUUGUCUGCUUAGAGAAUGUUCCGAUACAUUAGCAGAGCGGGUUCUGAUCACGAGUUGGAGUUGGAGUUGGCAUCACCCACUUGAUAAGUCCGUCUAUUCAAGAUCUGCCGAAGGGGCUAACAAGCUAGCCGCGUGCAAAUGAUGCUAUUAAAAUGGCAUUUAAAAUCUAAGUUGCAGUUAAGUCACGCCUCUGUCUCACUCGGACCAUCUCUUUUUUGGCCGCAAGACGAAGCCAUUUCUUUAAUCCGCAAGCCACAAAAACUACAAUGGCAGCACCACCGGCGAUACACUCGUAUCAAAAAUAUUCAGUUUUACAUGACUGUAAAG